AUGACCGUCAACGAUAGACAAGGGGCUGGAGACAACGACGAUAACAGCUCCCACGAAACACCAUUCUUCGACUCCGCUACGGAACAGCCGUCCGCAUCCGAAAGUGCGUCCAAUGAUGCUCCAGCGGCUGGUUCCUCUGAAGAGUCUACAUCUCGCCCUGCCGAUCAGGAUUCGUCGCCGCCAAUGCUGAAUUAUAACUUCUUUGAUUACUUGCUCAACACUGCGUUGGGUAGAGGUCUGGAGGAGAACGGGCCUCAGAGGGACCUGGUGCCAUCCGGGGACUCUGCUAAUGAAGGCACGGGUGAUGCUCCAUCAAAUAGCUACAUGGGCAUGAUCGGCACCGAUCCUGCUGGUCAGAUCAUCAUUACUGUGAACUACAUGUUUUUUGACGGUGGUGACGGCGAUGGGCCUGGCCGUACUGGCUCGCUUGUCGUGACGUUGCCCAACAAUGCUGCCAACAGAGAACCUCGUGCAAUACAACUGUUCAUUUCGUUGGCCACCCGUUAUGCAUACCUGAUGUUGGUUUCCAACGCCAACAAGAAGAAGGGCAUUUCUCCAGACAAGUUCCGCAGCUUCCCGGUCAAACCAUUGCUGUCCAUCAGAGAAGAAAGUUGCUCGAUCUGUUUCGAGCAGUUUGAAGACGUGGUUGCCUCGUCUGAUUGCAUAGAUGAUGACUGCGUUACUAAGAAACGUAAAACAAACCUGAGAGAAUCUACUCCUUCCGCAGCAACUUCCAACGAGCGGGAUGCCAAUAAGCAAACCCUAAAUACCUGUGGAAUAGAUUGGAAACACGUUCCUGUGAAGCUUCCUUGUGGCCAUAUCUUCGGACAAUCAUGUCUUGCUCACUGGCUCAAUGACAACCGCAGUUGUCCAUUGUGUAGAGUGAACUUGUCUGACGAAACCAAUGAGGAAAGUUCUUCCGUUCCACCAGUUGCUUACUUGCGAUUCGGUACUCCUGGGGGCGGCGGCUUCCAUUUAUUUGGUGACCAGAACACAAACUCUCCAACUUCCGAAACAUCUGAAACUGACGUCAACCAACCGCAAAACCAACAGUCCCAAGAAUUUUCGGAGACUGCUUCAACAACCACGCAAGAUAGUCAGAGACUGUCGAAUUUGCUUCGGAGAGCCACAUCUGUUAUCUUUCAUCCGAACAGACCCCAGUCAAACAGGACUGCUGAAGAUGAACCCGGCAUGCCUUCGCUAGGUCGCCGACGGAACUCUCCAGUGUCUCCAAUGAUCAACCAAAUCCUCAAUUUGUUUGGCAGAAACCGAAGAAGAAGACUGGAAGACAGGUCAGGAGAGUCGUCUAUUUUUGCCUCAGGAGUAUCAAGUAGAAGAACUGAGGAUGGUGUUGAAACUAUUACGCAUGAAAGUGGUAACCAUAUGGACAAUACUAAUGCACUUGACCCUGAUAGUACUCAGGCCCCUUCCCGUGAUAGCCACCCACAAUGA